GCUACACAGGAGACACACACACACACACACACACACCGCUGAUCACUACAUCCACGUUGCUCCACAGAGGAGGAAGCAUUGGAUAUUUGGGGUCUUUUUUAUGGGAUGUACUGCCUCGUUUCUGAUGUCUGGCGGAGGAAUAUCUGAGAGCUGUAAGUGAGUUUUUCUGCUGACCCUGCCUUCUGUGUAGAAGCAGGGCUUGGCUCCGGCAGAUAUUCCCUGCAGCUCUCUGGCAGCCGGACGCUUCCUCAGCAGAGCGGCUGCUGGCAGAGCAACACCUGAGCAGGUCAUGAAGCCUCAGGAGGCCGAGCUCGUCUCUGAGAUCUCGAAGCUGCAGUGCAUGGUGUCGGAGCUGAAGUCGGGCUUCAGCGGCGCCCUGCUGGAGCUCAGUCAGAUCCAGCAUGGAGACAGUGACCUGAGGGAGGAACUGCAGGAGAACCGGAGGAGCUGCAGGAAGAAGGCUCUGCGUCUGGAGGCGCUGGUGGAGGCUCUGAGGGAUGAGCUGGGGGAGAUGAGCGGUCAGAUCCUGCAGCUGUACAGACAGAAACCUCUGCAGGAAGACAAGAGCGCCACCGCCAAGAACACAGAGAGCGGAGAUGUGUGUGAGCGCAGGACGCAGUGUGUGUGUGUGUGUGCAGCGUCGUGUGUGUCCCGGGGGAAGCUGCUGCUGCACUGCUUCCUGCAGGGCCUGAAAGCCGGACUGAGUGAGGGAACAGACGCUCGUCAUCAGGUGGCGAUGCAGCUGCUCCACUCAGAGUGGGAGUACGUGUCCACCUUAAACCAGCUGUACGAUAAAUACAGGAAGCCCCCCGACCACCUGAUGACCCUGGAGCCAUAUCAGACGUACCUGAGCUUUGUGGAGCAGCUGCUGCAGAGACACCUGCUCUUCAGGAACACCCUGCAGGAGAGGCUCUCUGCGGAGCACUGGAAGUCUCUGAUCGGAGACAUCCUGGUGCAGCUGAUCGGACAGAACGACACGGCCUUCUCUGAGAUGUACCUGGGAUACACGACCACGCUCGCCUCCUUCCUCUCUCUGGAGUUCAACAGGAUCAACCUCUCGGAGGAGACGCAGAGCGCUCAGGCGGAGGAGAUGAAGCUUCUGUCUCUGCUGCUCGCUCCCGUCUCCAGAAUCCAUGCCUACCUGAGCCACAUCCAGAGCCUGCUGCAGUGGACCGGGAAGGAGCACCCUGACUGCAGCCUGCUGCUCGGAGCGGAGAAAGCGCUGAGGAGCCUUCUGACCCGCUGCCAUCAGACCCUGCAGGAGGACGUCCAGUGGGAGGAGGGCGGGGGUCAGAGUGAUGCGGAGGCUGCGGGGUGCUGCAGGAGACAGGCUGCAGACAGCAGCUCCGUGCAGAGAGAGGAGGGGUCCGGCCUCACUAACGGGGCACCCUGCGGCCCCUCGAUGCGGGUGGAGUGCUGGUCCUGCAGCCCGGUGAGAAGGACCCUCCCCUCACACCCUCACCCGGACUGUGGGCACGCCUGCUGCUCCCUCCUCACCCCCUCCCCCGCAGCGUGGGGGGAGAACAGCGACUCAGGGCAAGGCACCUACAGGCAGGAGGCCCCCCACCCACACCUGCAGGACGGGGGGGAGACGGACCCUGACGACACCUCGGGCUUCAGCUUCUCCUCCGUCUCCUCCUGCAGCCCCGACGGCACCCUGCGGGGGGGCAGGCUGGAGGAGGAGGAGGAGGAGGAGGAUAGCCAGGAGCCGGUGCUGCUGAAGAGGGAGGGGCCCCGGGAGAGGGAGGGGCCCCGGGACAGGGAGGUGCCCCGGGAGAGGGCGGUGUGUCUGAGGUGGCAGAUCCCCAGACUGACCCCCCACCCCCCGCCCUGCCUGGUCAGCUCUUAUGGGAGGAGAGUGGUCAGUGUGAGGAGAGGCUCCCCUCCCCCCCUCCAUCCCAACAGCGCCUUCAGACCCAUCUGGGACGACCCCAAACAGCAGCAGGUGGACUCUGCUCCAGAGAAAGACAGCCGAGGAUUCGUCCCGAUUCAGACAGCAGGGAGGAAAACCUUCCACAACCCCGCCCCCAGCCGGGAAAACAUCAGAGGGGGCCCGGUGCAGCAGAGUGGGGGGGGCCUGUGGGAGGACAGCGAGGACAGCGAGGGGCCCUGCAGCACCGUGUGAACAUUUACACUUUUACUUUAUUUCUAAUUUCUUUCUUUCAAGGAAACUUUUGCCCCAAAUGGAGAUGCAUGGAUGGUG